AUGCAGCGACUCGCACACUUACGUCGGCCAUGGGGGCGUCGCGGCACGCGUCCGUCUCACCUCGCCAGCAUCUUCAGUGGCUCUCAAUCUUUGUCGGUUCUAUCGCGUCACUACUCCAGUGCCACGUCACAGCUGUCUCCGUCCCGAAUGAACGUAGCGGAUCUCCUAGAAAUGUCCAAACAGUUUCGCAGUAAACAGACGAAUUAUAUCCACGAGGACAAGACGCUGGACGACGCUGUCCAGUGUCUCAUGCAGAACGAGAACUCGGCGGCGCUCGUAGUGGUCAAUAGUCAGCAUCAGGUGGUGGGGCUGAUUACUAAUCGAUUGGCUUUGCACCGAAUCGUGCGGAUGCGGUCAACAGGCGAGACGACGCAGUGGCACACAAGGGUGUCAGAGGUGGCGAUUCCAGCAAGGAAGAUGCUGUUUGUAUCACCUGAAGACUCGCUCGAAGAUUGUCGAGCCGUGAUGGCGCUGUCGGGUUUCGGCGAGCUGCCGGUGUUGAAGGGAAACAAACUGCUGGGCACGGUGUCGCUCACGGAUAUUGCGUCACUGAUCCAUCGCCACGAUGCUCAGCUGAAUCCUGACCCUUCGAGUGCCAAGUCUGACUACAUCAACCUGAUCCUGCCGCGCAAGGGGCUGCCAGCAAAUACGUCGCUCGACAAGACCGUUGUGCAGAACAAGAACGCCCAUCCAAACGACUGGACAUUCUAUUUGCGCUCGUUCGCUAUGUCAAUCCCGCACCCGCAGAAGAAAGUAACAGGUGGAGAGGACGCUUUCUUUUUGGGCGUCGUGCCUCGCAGAAAUGCGGAAGAAAACACAGCAGCGCUUGCACCGGAGAACGAGUCAGCCAAUGUCAAUGUUUCUGGUCUAUCAGUUGCUGACGGCACGCAGGGACCCGCAGACGUGCUGGCGCUGGGAGUUGCCGAUGGGGUGGGCUCGUGGUUCGAGAAAGGGGUGAGCGCACGGCAGUAUGCUGAGGAGCUCAUGACUUCUGCACACAAGGCUGUACAAGUCUCGUACGCGAGAGAUCACGAAAUCGAGCCUUCAGAAGUUUUGCACGCUGCUUGGUCCACAGUGCUACAGAAGCAAAUCAUCGGCAGCUCGACUGCUUGCGUUUUAGCAUUGGACCCGGAACAAGGAGAACUGCAUGCCAUUAACCUGGGAGACUCGGGGUUCCUGAUUAUCCGCGACAAGGCAUCGGAUCUCGAAACUGCGCGAUUGCGGGGUACGCUAGAUGGAUCGCUGACGCGUAAGAUCAUCGACCGCGAGCAGGACCUUACGCCAGCUGGACGACGGAAAGGAGCCCACGUUACAUACCGCUCACCACAGCAAUUGCACUACUUCAACUGUCCUUUUCAGUUGGGCUUUGCGGGUGCCGACCUUGUGAGCGAUGUAGUCGACGAUUUGGCGCGUGGAACGUACUCACCCAUGCGGGAGAAGCCGCUUUUUGAAACCCCGGAGAACGGAAUGAGACUGCGGGUACCAGUGCUUGAGGGGGAUCUUAUUAUUCUAGCCACUGAUGGACUCUUCGACAACGUGGACGAGGAAGAUCUCCUUGAGAUAGUGCGUACCGAACCCGACCUGGAGACCAUGACGCGCAAGCUCGUACACAAGGCCUACGCUUUGUCGCUUGAUCGAACGCGUGACUCGCCUUUUGCUCGACUAGCCAAGGAAAACGACUUGCUCUGGGGCGGCGGUAUGCCAGACGAUAUUACUAUCAUUGCAUCGCGAGUCAUGAAACACGAGUCAAAAGAGGAGAUGAGAGCUGAGGCCGCUGCAGCAGCCAGCUACUGA